AUGGCGCGAGAACUUCCCGACGACGCGAAAUACGCUCUUGGAAGAAUGAAAGCACAGAUCGAUCAGCUCCAGGAAGCGAUUAGCCAGAUGAGGGAGAAAAAUGCCGAGUUUGAGAUCCGACUCCAGACCGAAGCCCAACUGCGCCGGGAAAUGGAGAUGUGGUGGUGGGCCGACAAGUUUUCCAAAGAGCACGAGAAGUCACCGCGCAGCCCUCGAAUUCGAAUCAACUCGCCGGAGCUCUUACGCAUCUGUUUUCAAAUUGAAAACGAACUUAACCCUGGCCACAGCCGCAGUUACCGCGAUGUUCAAGAGCUCAAACCAAUGGUCAUGAUUCAGCCUUUCAAGACCCUGGUUUACAAUGCCGAGCGAAUCAGGGGGUGCUAUCGACAGCUCGACGAGAAUUUGAAGCGGUCGCCCAAUGCCCGGGCCACCAAAGGACUCGAUAUGCAGCCAGAGCCGGGGACAGAGCCAAAACGACAUCAGGACGAACAGAACAUCCGAAACCUUGCCCAGCCUGCAUCCAAGAGGCAAGACCCUGUUGUUGCACCCUCCUUAUUCAGUAGCAUUGAGGAUGAGCGCCGAGCCAGAGACCAUUUGAGGUGCCUGCUUGAAUUUAUAGACGGCGAUCUCAAGGAGAGGACCGAGCACAUCCGUGGAGGAAACUGCUCCAGAGUUACAUUUGGCGAGCUCUGGCUAUUAUUUCAACCAGGUGAUAUAGUUCUCUGGAACUCCGCGCCCCAGGUUGCGCUGGUCUUGGGUACCGUUGACCCAGGACAUAAGGCCACCAAACCCUUUCGUGGGAGAGGACUGAGGAGGCGAGACAAGAAAAAGGAGGAGGACGAUGAGGACGAUUGUUUCGUGAUUAUGUGUGUCUCUAUUGAGUUUGAUGGCGUCCAGCUGGGGCCUAGCAGCAGCAUGGUCAAGAUCCCCCGGUUUGAGGGCGAAAAGUCCAUCAGAUCGCUGCCCAUCUACCCCUUUGCUUACUCUUCGGCUCCAAACGCUCGCGAGGCUUACAUCGCAAGAGGAAAGAAGUUCCUCGAGAUGACCAAGAUUAGGCACAUGUACUACACUGGGCAAACAGUCGAUCCUACCACGAUGUACGUGGACAGCCAAGUUGUUAUCGACGUCGAGGAGGCGUUCCAUCAAUGGCCUCAAUGGCGCCCGGAUAUCGAGAACCUAGUUGGAAUCGACAUCGAA